CCCUUCAGGCAGGCGGUGGAAAGGGAAGAGGCGAGAAGGCCGACGGUGGGAGGAGACGCGCCGCUACCGGCGACUGAGCAAGGUCUCCUGCAAGCCUCUGACGCGAUUAGCGGGCGCCGCCGGCCUGGCAGAGCCGCUCAGGGAGGCCGUGGCCACGACGAUGCCCGACGCGCGGGCUGCCCGCGUCCGCGGCUGGGGAGCGCGCUUCCUGUGAGGGGCUGAGGGGCGGCUGGCCCAGGCGAGGCAGGAGCCCCCCUCCCCGCGCCGAGCUCCGCCUCUGAGCCUCGCUGGGCGGAGGCUGCGAGCGCCCGGCACCAUGUGCUGGCGGCGCUAGGCGCGGGCUGGCUGGCUGGCUGGCUGGAGCCCGCUUUGCCUCUCCUCCUUCGCCCUUGGCUUCCGAGAGAGCCGGCAUGGCCACCGAGACGGCAGCGGGGCCCAGCGCCCGGCUGCCCUCGUCUCCGGCGCGGAGGGACUUCUACUGGCUCCGCUCUUUGCUGGCGGGAGGUGUUGCAGGAUGCUGUGCCAAAACAACCAUUGCACCAUUGGAUCGAGUAAAGAUUUUGUUGCAAGCUCAUAAUCAUCAUUACAAGCAUUUAGGUGUGAUUUCUACGUUGUGUGCUGUACCCAAAAAGGAGGGUUACCUAGGAUUCUAUAAAGGAAAUGGUGCAAUGAUGAUUAGAAUUUUUCCAUAUGGUGCAAUUCAGUUUACUGCAUUUGGCCAAUAUAAAAAGAUAAUAAAGAAGAAACUUGGCAUUUCUGGGCAUAUUCACCGGUUAAUGGCUGGCUCUAUGGCAGGUAUAACAGCAGUAAUUUGCACAUACCCUCUUGACAUGGUGAGAGCACGUCUAGCAUUUCAAGUAAAAGGGGAUCAUGAGCGCACUGGAAUUAUUCAUACAUUCAAGACCAUUUAUACUAAGGAAGGUGGUAUGCAAGGAUUUUAUCGAGGACUUUUGCCAACAAUAGUAGGAAUGGCUCCAUAUGCAGCUGUACAGCUCAGGUCAGAAGGGCUUCUGUGCUGUGACAACACUCAAGGUUUCUCAUUUUUCACCUUUGGUACCUUAAAGAGUGUGGGACUUUCCCAAGCACCAACCCUGCUUGGGAGGCCUUGCUUAGAUAAUCCUGAUGUCUUAGUUCUGAAAACUCAUGUAAAUUUGCUGUGUGGUGGCAUAGCUGGAGCAAUAGCACAGACAAUAUCUUAUCCUCUUGAUGUAACACGUAGACGAAUGCAGCUGGGAGCAGUGCUUCCAGAUUCCGAAAAGUGCCUUACAAUGGUACAGACACUGAAAUACGUUUAUGGAAACCAUGGAAUAAGAAGAGGAUUAUAUCGUGGACUAUCUCUGAAUUAUAUUAGAUGUAUUCCUUCACAGGCUGUUGCUUUCACCACAUAUGAAUUUAUGAAGCAGGUUUUGCACCUCAAUUAAAGACUCUUAUAAAUUAAUUGAAAAAUAUUUGCUUAUUUUUAUAUUGUAUUUAUCAGUAAAAUUUACCAUGUCAAAUGUUAACUGAGGAAUCACUGGUGUUAAUAAUAAUUUCUUUAGUAAAAGAAGUUACAGUAUGCUCAACAAGAUCAGGUAAAUCAUUAGUUUUGCAUAUAUUGUGUAAGAUGAUUGAAGAUUAUUGAUGGAAAUACACACAAAUUUACUAAAAAUUAUUACAAGAAGGAAACAAAUUUGAAGUUCUAAAUGAUUACACUUUUCUAUCACGUUUUACUUCACUUGCUUUUUAAAUUUUGUCUGAGUGUCUGGUUUUCUAAAGAGUUGCUUACAUAGUUUAAAUUACAAUUGCAGAUAUACUUGGAAAGUCAUUCCAUUGAACUCAGCUUCCAUGCAAGAGUUUAGGGUUGAUGUGUCAUUUUGUAAUGCACAAACUACUGUUGUAUUCAUUUCUGAAAUCCCGUUUAUGGGGUUGUCUGUUUUAUUUUCCAGUUGCUAGAAAAUAGGCAAUGCAACAGUUUAAUACAAAACACCUUGACUGGGAUCCAAAGUGAUGAUUAGGCUAUUACAAAGGGCUUGCAGUACCUAUUGACUAGUUGGAUUCUCAUGUCAUAUUCCUAACUGCUUUUGAAGCCCCUUAGUUAAGGGCUGGCAUAGAUGUGAAAUGCUUUUAAGAUGGAAAAGGUGGGUUGAUCCUUACAUGCAGUUCCCCUUCCCUGAAUUUCAGAGCAGCUGCCUGGACUUAAUAUUACGAAAACCUAAACAAAUAUGAGAGAUCGUUAUUAUGAAUCUCCCAUAUUGUUUCUAGUUUGUCCUUGAGUUUCAAAAAUACUUUAUCAUAAACUAUUGCAAUUUUUUCCAUAUAAUUAUCUCUAAAGCCUCAUUGGAUUAAUGGAAUAAAUUUCAUGACCCUUGGAUAUUAUACCUGGAAUUUCUAUAUCUCUAAUGUUAUAGUCCUAUACAUGUCUACUCAGACAGAGUCUCAUUGAAUAUAGUUAGACGCUUAAAGAAGUUCAGUCUUCUGUAUUUUACCAAAAUCUCAGGAAAUACUGAAGCAUUUGUUAUACGAUGUAUUUACUAGGAAACACAUUUAAAAACCAUAAAAUAUUACAUCACUGUGGAUUUUGAUUUAUAAGGUUCAGGAGAAUUUUUAAAAUAGAGAACAUGAACAAAAAUAGCCAGUAUGGGUCCAAAUUUCCAAAGAAAUUAUACCUCUUUGUGCUGUGUGUGUGCAUGAUGCUACUGAAAGUUAAUGUUAUUCUGAAACUUAUAGUGUCUCAUAUAUGUAAAACUGGGUCUUUGCAUGGGUUUUAUUUUGGUCAGAUUAAGUGCAUCUAACACAAGACUGCAUCUGGACCAAGAUGGACCACCUUCUUCACUGGAAGGUGAGGGAGAGCUUUUUUAAACAAAGCAAAAACAGCCAGAAAGCAUCAUACUAAAAGGAACUAUCCUGAACCAGUUAUUAGACUAUUAAUCUCAGAUCUGCAGCCUUAAUUUUUUCAGUAGCUAUGCUUGCACAUACAGUGUGUAUAGUAAGAAUGCAAAGCUGUUUAUCCAUUUAUCAGCCCUCAAAAAGGCUAAGCGGGAGUUUGGGCUUCUUCAGAUGAGUUCUCUCCACAUUGCAUGACAACACUGUAUUAUAGUGUGGAUUACCUGUUGUUCAGUGCAGGUGUAGCUAUGCCAUUUUCUAGGAAACCUGUCCAUUUUUAGCAGCAAAUCUCCAUAUUGCCUGGAGAGAGGUCCAGCAAUUUUGGGAGUUAUAGACAGUGCUAGCAUUGGCAGACCUGAAUAAGCCUCCCCUGAACAAUACACUCUCUUUCUCUAGCAGUCCUGCAAUGUCAACUUUCUGUUCCAAGUAGCAUGUUUGUUUUUUAAAGAUGUGUUUGAUAGUCUACAUUAGUAAAAUCCUUAUUUUAUCAAGAAAAUGGCAACGAUUCUCAUAAUUUUACUGUAACAAAAUGUAAUUUAUUUAUUUAUUGUAAAUACUAUAUACAGAGUAUGAAACCGGUAACAGCUACGUUACCAAAAUUAGGAGCUAUACAAUGGCUAUUGUUAUGGUCCUCAGCUGGGACGUAUACUUUUAAUGUUUUAUGAUUUCAUUGUUUUAUUAAAUUAUGUAUCUUUAGAUAUUACAAUUUGACAUACAUAUUGGCAGAGAUGUACCUAUUUUAUUCUAAAAUGUCUUGAAUAGCAAUAUGACUAAGCAUAUCAGCCAAUAUAAGUGCAUGUAUUUGAAAUGAUGUAUUUUCUUUUUAAAAAGAUGUAAGUGUUUAUGAAAUUAUAUUAAAGAGAUUGCAAUUAAA